AUGGAGCAGAAGAUCAGCUCUUUCUUUAAUUCCAUCUUGGAGCUCAUCCGUACCAAGCAUGAGGAAGGCGUCUUCAACACCGUCUGCCUGGCCGUGCUGAUGGGUCUGCCCUUCGUCGUCCUCAUUGCGUUUGUUUUCAUCUGCUGCCACUGCUGCUUCUGCAGCCGGAGGGGAGAAAGCGGGAAGAAAGGUGGCCCCAGCAGCAACGGGCAGCUGCACGCCGAGAGGAACAAGAAGAAAAAGAAGAAGAAGAAGAAGGAUGAAGAGGACCUGUGGAUCUCUGCUCAGCCCAAACUGCUCUUGCUGGACAAGAGACCCUCCUUGCCCAUCUAGCAGACAGGAGGGCGUUCAGGCCCUCCCCUCUGAGAUGCCACCAGUCCUUUCAGCUGCGCGCUAUGGGAG